UAAAGUCUCGCGGUGCUGCCGGGCUCAGCCCCGUCUCCUCCUCUUGCUCCCUCGGCCGGGCGGCGGUGACUGUGCACCGACGUCGGCGCGGGCUGCACCGCCGCGUCCGCCCGCCCGCCCGCCAGUAUGGCCACCACCGCCACCUGCACCCGCUUCACCGACGACUACCAGCUUUUCGAGGAGCUCGGCAAGGGUGCCUUCUCAGUGGUCCGAAGGUGUGUAAAGAAAACGUCUACACAGGAAUAUGCGGCAAAAAUCAUCAAUACCAAGAAGUUGUCCGCCCGAGAUCAUCAGAAACUAGAACGAGAGGCCCGGAUAUGCCGACUUCUGAAACAUCCAAACAUCGUGCGUCUCCAUGACAGUAUUUCUGAAGAAGGGUUUCACUACCUCGUGUUUGACCUUGUUACCGGAGGGGAGUUGUUUGAAGACAUUGUGGCCAGAGAGUACUACAGUGAGGCUGAUGCCAGCCAUUGUAUACAUCAGAUCUUGGAGAGUGUUAACCACAUCCACCAGCAUGACAUUGUCCACCGGGACCUGAAGCCUGAGAACUUGCUGCUGGCGAGUAAAUGCAAGGGUGCUGCGGUCAAGCUAGCUGAUUUUGGCCUGGCCAUCGAAGUGCAGGGAGAGCAGCAGGCUUGGUUUGGUUUUGCCGGCACCCCAGGUUACUUGUCCCCUGAGGUCUUGAGGAAAGAUCCCUAUGGAAAACCUGUGGAUAUCUGGGCCUGCGGGGUCAUCCUGUAUAUCCUCCUGGUGGGCUACCCUCCCUUCUGGGAUGAGGAUCAGCACAAGCUGUAUCAGCAGAUCAAAGCUGGAGCCUACGAUUUCCCAUCACCAGAAUGGGACACGGUCACUCCUGAAGCUAAGAACUUGAUCAACCAGAUGCUGACCAUAAACCCUGCCAAGCGCAUCACGGCCGACCAGGCUCUCAAGCACCCGUGGGUCUGUCAACGGUCUACAGUGGCAUCCAUGAUGCAUCGCCAAGAGACAGUGGAGUGCUUACGCAAAUUCAACGCCCGGAGAAAACUGAAGGGCGCCAUCCUCACGACGAUGCUGGUCUCCAGGAACUUUUCAGCUGCCAAAAGCCUAUUGAACAAGAAGUCAGACGGCGGUGUCAAGCCACAGAGCAACAACAAAAACAGUCUCGUAAGCCCAGCCCAAGAGCCCGCGCCCUUGCAGACGGCCAUGGAACCACAAACCACCGUGGUACAUAAUGCUACAGAUGGGAUCAAGGGCUCCACAGAGAGCUGUAACACCACUACAGAAGACGAAGAUCUCAAAGCUGCCCCGCUCCGCACUGGGAAUGGCAGCUUGGUGCCUGAAGGACGGAGCCCCCGGGACAGAACAGCCCCCUCUGCAGGCAUGCAGCCCCAGCCUUCUCUCUGCUCCUCAGCCAUGCGGAAACAGGAGAUCAUUAAGAUCACAGAACAACUGAUCGAAGCCAUCAACAAUGGGGACUUUGAGGCCUACACGAAGAUUUGUGACCCGGGCCUCACUUCCUUUGAGCCAGAAGCCCUUGGUAACCUCGUGGAGGGAAUGGAUUUCCAUAAGUUUUACUUUGAGAAUCUCCUGUCCAAGAACAGCAAGCCGAUCCACACCACCAUCCUAAACCCACACGUCCACGUGAUUGGGGAGGACGCAGCUUGCAUCGCCUAUAUCCGGCUCACGCAGUACAUCGACGGGCAGGGUCGGCCUCGUACCAGUCAGUCAGAAGAGACCCGGGUGUGGCACCGCCGGGACGGCAAGUGGCUCAAUGUCCACUAUCACUGCUCAGGGGCCCCUGCCGCACCGCUACAGUGAGCUCAGCCACAGGGGCAUUAGGAGAUUCCAGCUGGAGGAUGAACCUUCGCAGCCAGUGACUCUGGAGGGCCUGAGUGACAGCGGCGGUCCUGUUCGUUUGAGGUUUAAAACAAUUCAAUUACAAAGCGGCAGCAGCCAAUGCACGCCCCUGCAUGCAGCCCUCCCGCCCGCCCUUCGUGUCUGUCUCUGCUGUACCGAGGUGUUUUUUACAUUUAAGAAAAAAAAAAAAGAAAAUAAGAUUGUUUAAAAAAAUGGAAUUCAUACCAUGAUGCAUUUUAAAACAACUGAUGGCCCUUGGGCUUGCAAGAAGGCAGGAGUCUGUGUGUCGCUCACGCAGGCUCGCCCACCAGCUUUGAAGAGGUGAGCUUGGCCGCAGGCCCCCACGGACUCAGGGGGACCAGGCAAGGACUCUUGACGGAGCUUUGGUCAUGGAUAGAGCCAUGGUGUGAUUGCCCCAGAGGUGGCCUGAUCACCCCAGUUCUAGGAGUGGACGUCUUCAGAACAUGCAUUGACAGCUAGUAUGAGAAAGAAGCAAACCCCGUGGCUAUCGGACCUACAUGGGAGAAAAAGCAGCGCUGCCAGCCUGUUGUGGAGGCAGCCGUGAGGCGUGGCCUCGGGACUGAAGGCCUGGACUUUGCUGUGCUGUUCCAGUUAGUGUAGACAGGGAGAGAAUUGGUGCUGCAGAAGUGUGUCUGACACGAAGCCGAUGAGAAACCUCGAGUUAAUCUGACAUGCACUUACUCAUCCAUUUCUAGAGGAUGCACAAUGCACGUGGGCCUGAGGCGGAGGCCUGAUUUUUGCAGGUGGGAAGGAGGAGGGAUUGCUACUUUGUUUCCUGUUGGCUUUCCUAACGUCUCAUUGGCCGGGGCUCCUUUUGCCACUUUGGCAGUUCUGUCUGUGUGCUGAUCUGGACCAUCUUUGUCUUGUAUUUUCAUGGUGAUGGUCCCCAUGCUGACCCUCAUCUGGGCCUGGGCCCUCAGCCAAGUGCCCCUGUGGGAUGGGAGGAGUGAGGCAGUGGGAUAAGAGUUGGUGGUUGUUUCUAUGCAUUCUGGCUGCCCUCUGGGCUGCCCGCCUUCUUCCCAUGCUGCACGUCCAUCUCCUUCCCUGGGUUUGAAAUUGAACUGACUGCUUGGGUGAGAAGUGUCCUCUUUAAAGAGGCUCUUCACUGACCAACUGAAGUAGACUUUCCUGAUGGACAAUCUGCAUGGGCAUCACCCCCUCACCUGCAUGUACCCAAAACGGGGUCCAGAGCCCAGGCUCCUACAUUCAGUGUCCCUCUCUAUGCUCAAGGAGUUCCAUUCCAGGAAGAAAAGAUCUGUACCUCAGGCAGAUAACAGAGAAGAUAAUAGGGGAGCAAUUGGUCAGAGUGUUGGUUCCCUGCCACCAAACAACUGCACAUUAUCUGCAUUUGGGGGUGGGGGUAGAUUUCAGCUCCUUGGAUGACCUUCACGAGGCACCGGAGCUGAAAAAAGAACUACAGUGUGGAGCCAUCUGAGAAGAGAACAAACUCAUGGGUGCUGGUGCUUGACUUUAGCCCGGCUCCUCAAGCACCUUGCAUGCCUCAGACCCUGGACCCCAGUCCCUUCCUGCAGUGCCUGCAGCCUGCAGUGCCAGCCAGCAGAUACCUUCACCACAGGGUUUGGUUUGGCUGGCUUGAAGACAACAAAUGGUCUUAGAGCUCAUAGCUUCCUGUGGCUGCUCCAGCCCCACUUCUUAGCGUUCUUACUCCACUUCUGGGGCUAAUGUCAGCAUCUAUAGACUAUUAAUAGACUAUUUAAAAAACAAGCCACCUUUUAAACAGGAAAUGGAAGGCAUUUGAUGCAGAACUUUUGCAUGAUGACAUAGAAAUAAUUUAAAAUAGUGUUUGUUCUGAAUGUUGGUAGUCCCUUCAUAGCUUUGUUACAAUGAAACCUUGAAGAUAUUUAAUAAAAUAACCUUUAAACAGUC